GGAGUUGCAUUCCGUGACAGAGGGACCAUGCGGCAAGGCGUCGACCUCGAGUUCCCCGCCCAUGAUGCGACGACCGCGCUGCAAGGCCUCAUUCGCCGCAAGCUCGGCGAUGCGUAUGUCGACCAGAUUGUCGUUGCACCCAUGACAGCGCCGCCCAACAGCCUCGACAUGGCCAAGGUCGACAUGGACGGCGAUCGCGUGCGUGUCUCCGGUACGAGCGCAACGGCCAUGGGCUACGCGCUGCACGCGUACCUCAAGCGCGACGUGCACGUCCAUGCGGACUGGGACGACCACGCGCUGCCGCUGCCGCCGACGCUGCCACCGGUCACGGACCCGCUCGUGCUCAAGAAGACGUCCAAGGUCACGUACUACUUGAACGUGUGUACGUCGAGCUACUCGAUGUGGUCGUGGAGCUGGGCGCAGUGGGAAGCGCACCUCGACUGGAUGGCCCUCUGCGGUAUCAACAUGCCAUUGGCGUUUGCGGGCCAAGAAAAGGUCUGGGCCGAGACCUUUAAGAAAUUCGGCGUCGACGCUUCUGGCUUGGACGCUUUCUUUGCUGGCGCAGCGUUCCAAGCAUGGGGUCGCAUGGGCAACAUCCAAGGCAGCUGGGGCCCGUACGGCCCGUUGCCACAGCACUUUAUCGAGGACCAAUACGCGCUCCAAGUGCGCAUUCUGCAGCGCAUGCGCGACUUCGGCAUGCUGCCAGCCCUUCCAGCCUUUGCGGGCCACGUCCCGGCCGUGCUCCGAACGCUUUUCCCGGACGCCGCCAUGCGCCAAGCGUCCCAAUGGGCGGGGUUCCCCAAAGAGUACACGUGUGUCUACAUGCUCGAGCCGACGGACCCGCUCUUCCACGCGAUCGGUCGGGCGUUCGUCGCAACGCAGCGCGAAAUCUAUGGCGAGAACGUCUCGUCGGUCUACCAGACCGACAUGUACAACGAGCUUUUGCCGCCAUCGGCCGACGCCGCGUACUUGCACGCCUCCGCCAAGGCCGUCAUGGACUCGAUGCUGGCGUCGGAUCCGAACGCGAUCUGGCUCAUGCAAGGCUGGCUCUUCUACUUUAUGCGGACGUUCUGGACCAACGAUGCGAUUGCAGCGUACCUCGGCGGCGUCCCCAACGACCGCAUGAUCCUCCUCGACCUCUGGAGUGACGAGUACCCGGUCUGGAGCCGCACCGACAACUACUUUGGAAAAAGUUGGAUCUACUGCGUGCUGCACACGUUUGGCGGCAACCUCGGUCUCCACGGGAACCUUCCGCAGCUCGCGAGCGCACCGAUCGAGGCGCGUGCCAAGAGCGACGGCCACAUGCUCGGCGUCGGUCUGACGAUGGAAGGCAUUUUUCAAAACUACGUGGUCUACGAACUUACGCUCGACAUGGCGUGGAAUUCGCAGCCGGUCGAGGUUGAAGCGUGGGUCGCCACGUACGUGCGCCAUCGGUACCAUGACGAAAGCACGCAGGCACUUGCUGCGUGGCGUGAGCUUUUGCAGUCUCUGUACGCUGGCAAGUCGGCGCCGCGCUGCCUCCUCACGUACCGCCCGCACUGGAAGAUGCUCAACAGCGCCAAAGCGGAUACGAUGGAUUGCGUGCGCCGGGCGUACAAGGCCUUGCUGGACGCCGUCGUGGAAGCGCCAGAGCUCGCCCACCUUGAUACGUUUACGCACGACCUCGUAGACAUCGCCCGGGAGGCGUUGAGUGGCGUCGUAGCGGCCAAGUACCUGGCGUUCCGCGAGCUCUAUACGACGCCGACGACGCUGCUCGUGACGCUCGAGACCGCGGCGGCUGGACUUUUGCACCUCAUGCACCAGAUCGACACGCUUUUAGGAACGACCGCAGCGUUCAUGCUCGGUCCGUGGCUGGCGAGUGCCCAAGCCUGCGCGACGCCAUCCACAGCAGAUUAUUUUCGCUACCAGGCGCAGAACCAAGUGACGCGGUGGGGCGAAGGCGACACGUUGAGUGACUACGCGGCCAAGCAGUGGAGCGGACUCAUUGCGACGUACUACAUUCCGCGCUGGACGCUCUGGCUCGACGGCGCGAUCGCAGCCUUUGCGGCCAAGACACCGAUGGACGAAGCCGCCGUGCACGCAGCGAUUGGUGCGUUUGAAGUGCAGUGGCAGACGGCGCCCAUCGACGUUCCGACGUUGCCGAGCGGUGAUCCGACGUUGAUUGCCGCCGCCCUCUACGCCGAGUACUGCGCCGAGUAAUCGCCGUUCGGUCAUGUGUGUUGCUAAGAAACGAUUCCAUCGAGUACGUG